CUCGAGACUACCUCAAAAUGGCGUCAGUGUUGAAAACACAGCGAUCCAAUGCAGCGAAGGCAUCUGUCGGGGCGAAACGUAAAGCAAACGAAGCGGACUUCCCCGAAAGCUCUCAAAUUUUACCCCCGAAGAAGAAGAACAAGCAGAGAGUGCUUAUGCUGUCAUCUCGGGGUAUAACGCAUCGAAUGAGACAUCUUAUAAAUGAUCUGGAGGCACUUCUGCCUCACGUGAAAAAGGACGCGAAGCUUGAUUCGAAGAACCAUCUUAACAUGCUGCCCGAACUUGCGGAUCUACACAAUUGCAAUAAUACGAUGUACUUUGAGGCACGCCGACACGAAGAUUUGUACCUAUGGGCAGCGAAGACACCGAAUGGCCCAAGUAUCAAGAUGCACGUGCAAAACAUCCACACUAUGGACGAGCUCAAGAUGACAGGCAACUGCUUGAAAGGUAGCAGAGGACUACUCAGCUUUGACGCCGCGUUUGACGAGACGGAGUGGGGGAAACUGACUAAAGAGGUGUUCACUCAUAUUUUUGGCGUCCCCCCUCAAGCUCGUAGAGCAAAGCCGUUCAUAGACCAUAUUCUUACUUUCUCUCUGCUCGACGGCAAAAUAUGGUUCCGCAACUUUCAAAUCCUGGAAAAGGAUCCAGUCCAACCGAAUGGGCCCCCCAAGACUACACUGGUGGAAAUUGGGCCUCGAUUCGUUCUAACACCUAUUCGCAUCUUUGAGGGCGCUUUUGGCGGGGCGACUGUUUUCUCGAACCCCGAGUUCAUAUCACCUGCUGCUGUACGGUCAGCUCUUAGGCGACGACAGGGUGACAAGUACGCGAUUCGGAAGCACCAGGAAGAAGAGCGUAACGUCAGGAAAGAGGUUAAUAGGAUUGAGGAAGACGAGCUGACCGUUUCGAAGGUCUUCGCAUAAUUUGC